CUUUCCGCUUUCCAACCAAACGACAGUAAACAGUGCUCUCAGCCACCGUAUCCUCACUCUCACCCCCCCUCUCUCCUCCCUACCCCCGUUGCGUGAUUAGUGGGGAAGUCUUGUAUUUGGGAUAACUGACAGACAGAUCCAAACCUGAAGCUUCCCACAGCAGCUGGAUCUCUGUCUCUCUUAUUCUCUCUCUCUGCCUGUCAGCUUACCUCUGGUGGUGUGUAUCAGACACGCCCCCUCCUCUUGCUCUCUCUCUCUCUCUCUCUCUCUCUCUCUCUCUCUCUCUCUCCCUAUCUAUCUAUAUCUCCCUCUUUCUAUCCACACACAAACACACAGUCCAAACAUCAGAUGCAGAGUUCCGGGGAGUGGGGCUCUGAAUGUAGAUCAGGACCAGUUCAUAUGUGGUGGUGGUUGUAGCUGGAGGCAUAGAGGACUAGUGGCUGCACCUCUCUCUUUCUCUCUUCUUUCCUUCCUCCUCCUCUGCUUUCCCGCAGAGUUGUGGGAGCAGACGGCUCGGCUCCAACGUCUUCCUGCUCUCGGCGCAAAGUCACCCGCUGGGAAUCAAUUUAUUUUAACCCUUCGCUGGCGCUACUGCUCUUUGGGACUCUGGGAGUCUUUGGGGGAAUUUUAAAGGAGGUUUGGGUUGAUUUUGUCUGGAAUCACUGUAGUAGGAGGUAGCAGGCAGCCAUGGCGCACGCCGCUGCCCACAUUAAGAAGUCCAGAGUGGAGCUGGUGGAGCAGCAGGGUCCUGACCUGAAGGCUCUAGAGAAAGCCCGUCAGAGGAGGAUACGUUCCCGGGAACGGGCCGAGCGCAAACGCAAGUCGGACAGCAACACCAGCUUCCUGCGAGCGGCGAGGGCGGGGAACAUCGACAAGGUUCUGGAGUACCUGAAGGGUGGAGUGAACAUCAGCACCUGCAAUCAGAAUGGGCUCAACGCUUUGCACCUGGCAGCUAAGGAGGGCCUGGAGCUGGUCCAGGAGCUGCUGGAGAGAGGCUCUGCUGUGGACUCGUCCACCAAGAAAGGGAACACAGCCCUCCACAUUGCCUCUCUGGCCGGACAGGCAGACGUAGUGAAGAUGCUGGUGAAGCAGGGAGCAGAAAUUAACUCUCAGUCUCAGAAUGGCUUCACUCCUCUGUACAUGGCUGCUCAGGAGAACCAUAUAGAUGUGGUACGUUACCUUCUGGAGAACGGAGGUAACCAGAGCACCGCCACAGAGGAUGGAUUCACCCCCCUGGCCAUCGCCCUCCAGCAGGGCCACAACCAGGUGGUGUCCGUCCUGCUGGAGAACGACACCAAGGGCAAGGUGCGGCUGCCCGCCCUGCACAUCGCCGCCCGCAAGGACGACACCAAGUCUGCAGCGCUGCUCCUCCAGAACGACCACAACGCCGACGUCCAGUCCAAGAUGAUGGUCAAUAGGACUACGGAGAAUGGAAAGAGUGGAUUCACGCCACUGCAUAUCGCUGCUCACUAUGGAAACGUGAACGUGUCCACAUUACUGCUGAACCGUGGGGCGGCUGUGGACUUCACAGCCAGGAAUGGGAUCACUCCCCUCCACGUGGCCUCCAAGCGUGGUAACACUAACAUGGUGCGCCUCCUACUGGACAGGGGGUCUCAGAUCGACGCUAAGACUAGGGACGGCCUCACACCUCUACACUGUGCAGCCAGGAGUGGACAUGACCCAGCAGUGGAGCUACUGCUGGAGAGAGGAGCACCUUUGCUGGCCAGGACCAAGAACGGUCUGUCUCCUCUCCACAUGUCGUCUCAGGGUGACCACGUUGAGUGUGUCAAGCACCUGCUGCAGCACAAGGCGCCUGUUGAUGAUGUCACCCUGGACUACCUGACUGCGCUGCAUGUCGCCGCCCACUGCGGUCACUACAGAGUCACCAAGCUGCUGCUGGACAAGAGGGCCAACCCCAACGCUAGAGCACUGAAUGGUUUCACCCCGCUGCACAUCGCCUGUAAGAAGAACCGAGUGAAGGUGAUGGAGCUGCUGGUCAAGUAUGGAGCAUCUAUCCAGGCCAUCACAGAGUCUGGCCUGACUCCCGUUCACGUAGCAGCCUUCAUGGGUCACCUCAACAUCGUCCUGCUGCUGCUACAGAACGGAGCCUCGCCUGACGUUAGCAACAUUCGUGGGGAGACUGCUCUACACAUGGCAUCCAGGGCAGGACAGGUGGAGGUGGUGCGCUGUCUGCUGAGGAACGGAGCCAUGGUGGACGCUAGAGCCAGGGAGGACCAGACACCCCUCCACAUCGCGUCUCGUCUGGGGAAGACUGAGAUAGUCCAGUUGCUACUGCAGCAUAUGGCCCACCCUGACGCCUCCACUACUAACAGAUACACACCUCUCCACAUCUCAGCCAGGGAGGGACAGGUGGACGUGGCUUCAGUACUGCUGGAGGCGGGCGCCUCACACUCGCUGGCUACUAAGAAAGGAUUCACUCCCCUGCAUGUGGCAUCCAAGUACGGAAGCCUGGAUGUGGUCAAACUACUCCUGAAAAAAACAGCUCCCCCUGAUUCUGCUGGGAAGAACGGCCUCACACCUCUCCAUGUCGCUGCACAUUAUGAUAACCAGAAGGUGGCGCUCCUGCUUUUGGACAAAGGGGCCUCCCCCCACACCACGGCCAAGAACGGCUACACCCCACUCCACAUUGCGGCGAAGAAGAACCAGAUGGACAUUGCGGUGGUGCUGCUGCAGUACGGGGCAGACACCAACAUCCUGACCAAGCAGGGGGUCACCCCUCUGCACCUGGCCUCACAGGAGGGGCACGCUGACAUGGCCGCCCUGCUCAUCGAGAAGGGGACUGAAGUCAACGUCUCCACCAAGAGUGGCCUCACCUCCCUCCAUCUUGCUGCCCAGGAGGACAAGGUGGUUGUCAGUGAGAUACUGGCUACACAUGGAGCCAACCUGGACCAGCAAACUAAGUUGGGCUACACUCCACUGAUUGUAGCGUGUCACUAUGGAAACGCCAAGAUGGUCAACUUCCUCUUACAGAAUGGUGCUAGCGUCAACGCCAAAACCAAGAAUGGGUACACUCCCCUCCACCAAGCAGCACAGCAAGGAAACACACACAUCAUCAAUCUACUGCUGCAGAAUGGUGCUAAGCCCAACAACAUCACUGUGAAUGGUAACACAGCUCUGGCCAUCGCCCGGCGACUGGGCUACAUCUCUGUGGUGGACACACUCAAGGUGGUCACCGAGGAGAUUAUUACCUCGACAACCACGGUGACAGAGAAACACAAGAUGAACGUUCCUGAGACCAUGACUGAAGUCCUGGAUGUCUCUGAUGAGGAGGGUGAUGACACUAUGACAGGGGACGGAGGGGAGUAUCUGAGGGCAGAGGACCUGAGGGAGCUGGGGGAUGACUCCCUGCCUGGACAGUACCUGGAUGGGAUGAACUACCUACGCUUUAGCCUGGAGGGGGGACGCUCUGACAGUCGAAUCCAAAGUUCGGACAGGUCCUACACUCCCAGUCACCACGGUUACUACUCUCCCAAACAUGACAGCCUGAUGGACGAGAUGUUAACCGGCCAAAACGUGUCGUCUCUUUCCAGGGAAAAUGAGAAGGACUCGUACCGUCUGAGCUGGGGCACAGAAAACCUGGACAAUGUGGCACUGUCUUCCAGCCCCGUCCACUCUGGACGUUCCUCUCCGUGCCAUGAUCAUGGUGACAGCAGCUUCCUGGUUAGCUUCAUGGUUGACGCCAGGGGCGGAGCCAUGCGGGGCUGCCGCCACAACGGCCUGCGCAUCAUCAUCCCACCGCGGAAGUGCAGCGCACCCACGCGGGUGACCUGCCGGCUGGUAAAGAGGCACCGCCUGGCCACCAUGCCUCCCAUGGUGGAGGGAGAGGGCCUGGCCAGCAGGCUGAUCGAGGUGGGGCCUGUCGGAGCCCAGUUCCUCGGUAAACUACACCUUCCCACUGCCCCGCCCCCUCUUAACGAGGGAGAGAGCCUCGUUAGCCGCAUCCUGCAGCUCGGGCCACCCGGGACAAAAUUCCUCGGGCCUGUGCUGGUGGAGAUCCCUCACUUCGCUGCCCUGAGGGGGAAGGAGAGGGAGCUGGUGAUCUUACGCAGUGAGACAGGAGAGAGCUGGAAGGAGCACCACUGUGAACACACCGGGGAGGAACUUAACCAGAUCCUCAACGGCAUGGACGAGGAACUGGACCCUCCAGAGGAGCUGGAGAAGAAGCGUAUCUGCCGCAUCAUCACCAGGGACUUCCCCCAGUACUUUGCGGUGGUGUCCCGGGUCAAGCAGGACAGUAGCCUGAUCGGUCCAGAGGGGGGCGUCCUGAGCAGCACGGUGAUGCCUCAGGUCCAAGCUGUCUUCCCAGAGGGAGCCCUCACCAAGCGGAUCAGAGUGGGACUCCAGGCUCAGCCAAUGAAUGUGGACAUGGUGAGGAAGCUGCUGGGAAACAAGGCGACAUUCAGCCCCAUUGUGACCCUGGAGCCCCGGAGAAGGAAAUUCCAUAAACCCAUAACCAUGACCAUCCCUAUCCCCAAGAGUAACACUGACCCUGUGGUCAAUGGCUUCGGCGGGGACCAGCCCACCCUGCGCCUGCUUUGUAGUAUCACAGGUGGGACGACGCCAGCCCAAUGGGAGGACAUUACAGGAACCACUCCCCUAACGUUCAUCGACGACUGUGUCUCCUUCACGACCAACGUGUCGGCCAGGUUCUGGCUGAUAGACUGUCGGCAGGCGCAGGAGUCAGUCAGUUUCUCCACUUCAGUCUACAGGGAGACCAUCUGCGUUCCCUACAUGGCCAAGUUCGUUAUCUUCGCAAAGACCCAUGACCCCAUAGAGGCACGGCUCCGCUGCUUCUGCAUGACGGACGACAAGAUGGACAAAACCUUGGAACAGCAGGAGAACUUCACUGAGGUGGCCAGAAGCAGAGAUGUAGAGGUCCUAGAGGGCAAACCCAUUUAUGCAGACUGCUUCGGCAACCUGGUCCCUCUCACCAAGAGUGGCCAGCACCAUCUCUUCAGCUUCUUUGCUUUUAAAGAGAACAGGCUGGCACUCUUCAUCAAGAUCCGAGACAACACUCAGGAUCCGUGUGGCCGUCUGUCCUUUUUGAAAGAACCCCGGUCUUAUAGAAGUCUGGCCCACAAUGCUAUAUGCAACCUGAACAUCACACUACCAUCCUACUCAAAGGAAUCUGAUUCAGACCAAGAGGCUGAGGAAGAGAUCAGCAGGACGCUCGAGAGAUCAGGUGUGCAUGAAGGAAUCCACCACACAGAAGCCAAGAGCACAGCUACAAUGGUAGCAGUGGAGGGACCUCAAUCUGUCUCAGAGCAGCAUGUCCCACAAUCAGUUCAGUCACGCAAAGACAUGGAUGACACGGAAGACAGUUUAGCUAAAACGGUUACCGCAUCUUCUAGCUCUGAGGGGGCUGCAAACAUAACCGAUGAGCAGAAGGAGGAAAGUUUGAGGAAAUCAAGGGAAAGCCAGGAGGAUGAUGGGGGAGGGAAAGAAGCAGAUGCAGGCAGUCUGCAGACAGCUGCUGUAAAAGCUCCCUGUCAAAUAGAGAGUAAUAUAACUGACGAAGUGAAAGGAGAUCACAGGAGGCACUCAGGAGCUCCUGAGGUAGAAACGUCCUCCACUGCUGUCAUUGGACAAGUGAGGGAAACAUUCAAACCCGAGAUCUGUAUCUACGAUGACACAGAGGAAGACGAUGAGGAAGAGGAACCUCCCAGAACCGAGUCGAAGGGCGUAACCGCCAGAGCAGAGGCAGACCCUUGGAGUGCCAUGCGCGAAGACGAUGAUGCUUUUGCGGCCCGCGUCAAAGAGGAAGAACAGAAGAUCUUGGUUCUGAUUGUAGACCGGCAGUCCCAGGGGGCAACCCCGGACACCACCCCAGGAAGGAGCCCCACGGAGGAAAGCACGCCAACCAGCGAGCCCAAUCCAUUCCUCUUCCAAGAGGGGAAGCUCUUUGAGAUGACUCGGAGCGGAGCUAUUGACAUGACCAAAAGGAGCUAUGAGGACGAGGGCUUUGCCUUCUUCCAGAUAGGCGAGCAGCCCAUAGAGGAGGCGCCAGCUGAACAGGUCAAAGAUGAGCCAGGAGAUAGAGGAGUCCAAACAGAAAGUGAAAUCGGACUCAACCUGACUCUGCAAAUAAAAGUGGAGGAAGAUGAGGAACAGGUGAAAGAUGCUUCAGAUCCCACACACCGUGCCUCGACAGAGGACGAUCAGAAAGGUAGUGAAGCUGCAGCUGCCUCCCCCUCAAAAUCAGAUGCUUCUAAGUCGAGAAUCCCUAGAAUGGGUCUUUCUGCCUCAGCUAAGACCACUAAGAAAGACAAAGACCCAGUAUCACCAGUGUCUCCUGAAACUGUAGAGGUGAAACCAGACAUAAUUGUAGAGGAGACCCCCCUAGAGGUAGAAACUAGUUCCCUCGAUCCAAUGAUAACAGAUGUUGAGACAGCAGUAACCACUGUCACUCGAUCAGUGUACCCAGAACAGGACCAAGAGUCCUCUGACUCCUCUCCAGAGGAGCAGCAUUCGGUCAUAGAACUCCCCCAAACCACAGAAAAGACCAAAACCCCAACUUCUACUGAAAAAGUUCCAAAGAUCCCAACUAAAACCCCAGCCAAGGCUGGCCCCCAAAGUCAGAUUAGAACUGCUUCCUCCUUUACAUCCCCUGCAUCCCCCUCUUCAGCUAGUCCUAAGAAAGAGACUCCCGCUUUAGAGUCCAAAUCGAGAAUACCUGUCAAGGGCAAGGCUAUCCCUGUCAAGCCUGAGCCAUCAGUUAAACGUACCGAGUCAUCCCAGGACGCAAAGCUCAAGGUCCCAGUAAAAAAGGACUUGAGGAGAAAGUCUGAGACAGAUACAGGUCCCUCUGCUGUACCCAAAACCAAGACGUCGUCUUCCAAAGCCAAGAGCUUCUGUGAGGCAGACAAGUCAUCAUCUAAAAAGGACCUGGGUCGUCCCAUGAGCGAUGACUCCUCCACCAAGCCAAAGUCGGGCUUUGGUUUCCAAUCUAGGCUGCCAGUUAGAGGCAAGCUUGGUCAGACAUCUCACACUUCCACCCCCGCCAAAGACAAAAGCGAGCCGCGCAAGAAGUCUAUAGAGUUUGUCGAUAAGAUUAGCGACGAAGUUACAAAGCUAGUUGAGAGAUUUCCUCAGGACGAGAAAAACAAAGAGCAGGAGGCUGCUGUCUCGAAUGAUGAGAGCAGCGGCAUAGACCCGUCUGUCAUAGAGAGGGAGACUUUUCCCGAAAUACAGUUCCCUGCUUCCGGAGAUGUCUAUCCCAUUAGACCCCUGUGGGAUGACCCUGUUGACACGCAGAUGCAACGGAUUCCCGACGAUACAAUCAGAAGUCAAGUAGAUUCCCAGCAUGAAGCCGAGAGGAAAGAGGAACGGUUGGAAAUAAUAGCCGACCACCUGGGCUUCAGUUGGACGGAGCUGGCUCGAGAACUGGAGUUCAGUGAGGAGAAAGUCAAUCUAAUAAGGCUUGAGAACCCCAAUUCACUACAGGACCAAAGCCACGCCCUGCUGAAGCUCUGGACUGACAGGGAGGGUAAAAAUGUCACAGAAACAUCACUGAUCAAAAGACUAACCAAAAUCAACAGAAUGGACAUUGUCCACCUCAUCGAAACCAAGAUGGUCAAGUCCACCCAGGAGGACACAUCACACACCUAUGCAGAGAUUGAGAGGACCAUUGCACUGGAUCACAGUGAAGGUUUCUCUGCCCUCCAAGAGGACAUAGACAGUCCACGGCCAGGCAGGCGUACAGACAGCACCCCCAGUGGGUCAGGGUCCAGGCAGGGGCCCCUUGUGGUGUCAGAGGAGGACCUCUCCUCCAGCAUUUCGUCACAUCACGAGACUUCAGGGCGGGUGGAGACAGACGAAUCAGUAACAGGCCUCCUGAGACACGUCCAGAAGGAGAAGCUGCAGAAAGAGAUGGAUUCGACACAUUCUGUGGGCGGUACAUCAGAUACUGGACCGGAGAAGGCUGAGUCACUACAUAUGGGCACUUUCAAACAAGCGGAUGACCUGCCAGACAUCCCUCCCCAGACAGUUACAGAAGAACAGUACAUGGAUGAGCAAGGAAACAUGGUAGUCAAGAAGAUCACACGGAAGGUGAUCCGUAAGUACUUCUCUCCAGACGGUGUGGAGAGAGAGGAGGUGACGGUGCAGGGAUCUCAGCAGGAGAUGGUCAGCGUGGAGGAGGGAGACAGCUUCAACAAGGUGGUGAAGAGGACAGUGGUCCGGAGUGAGGGAGAUCAGACUGAGUUGACCUUCUCGGAGCCCCUUGCCCUGGGGGCCACCACGGCCUCGGAGAUCGAGUCAGAGCAGGCGCAGGGUCGAAAGGUCAGCAAGGUGGUCAAGACGACGGUGGUGAGGGGCGAGAGGAUGGAGAAGCAGACGGGUGACCCCUCGCUGGCCGCAGACCUCCCCUCAGCCAAACAGGACUUUGAGAAGGCAUUGAGUUAUGCUGGAGGCUUUGGGAAAAUUCAACUUCCCCAUUUAGUAGAAAAAGAGGUUGUGAAGGAGGAUGGUUCUGUUGUCAAAAGAACCCAGAUGCGUAAGUCUCGUACCCAGAAGAGGACUGUGGCGAUGGAUGCCCAGGGGAAGCAUGUGCACCUGGAGCGGCUGGACGACACCCCAGAGACCCUGCAACCCGAUGCCCUUCAGCAACACCUGCACUUGCUGCUCCAACGCUAUUGCGCCAAGGAGGAGGAGGGAGGAGAGAAGGAGAAAGAGGAGGAGAGGAGAAAGAAGAAGUGAUGGGAUUUUUUGAUUUGCUGGCUGAGUUGUGUGUCUUCCCUUUUGGCCCCGCCCCCAAUGCUACUACAUAAGCCUCCUAUCCACAAAAAACCCAUGAAGUCUUGUAAGCUAUUCUCUACCACAACUCUGACCCAUCGAUGACCCCGAACGACCCUUAACCUUUACCAGCCAGACUUCCCCUGCUAAAGACACUGGAUUACGUUUUGGUUUCAAUUUUUGUUUUUCCCUUUUAGUGGCAAAUAAUGAAACAAUUUAUUAUUUAAUUUUUUUGCUUUUGACUUGUUUCCAGUUUUUUUUUGCUCAUUUUGUGACCAAAGAUGGCACCCCCUUUCUCGUCGGGUGACUUAGAAUAUUUUUUUGUUGUCGUUAUCCUUUUGUUUGGUUCUUGUAGUUUUUGGCUGCUGUGGUACAAUAAAAAAGAACAACACAAAAAAAUGCAACGAAUGAAAACAGCUACAGGAAAUGUAUGAAGAGGGUGCACCUUGCACGUUUGCCUCAUGCAGAGGCCUCUUUCUGAAGGAACGAUUGUAAACAUUUGUAAAUAGAGAAGACUGGUAGAAAACAUAACAAACAGCAAUUCAAAAGCAUUUGUUACAUUUGUCCCACGGUACCUGCUGUACACGUACGUGUACCAAUCUGUUCUGUGGUCAAGGGUGAAGGGUCUUGACCCUUUUCAUCCGACUAUCAAGAGAUUGUUACAUAGGAGUCCGUUGUCAUAAACAGUUUUGGAGAGAUACUGUUUUAAAGGAGUGAAUGCCAUAGUCUUUCAUCAAGGACUUUUGAAUCAGAUGAGCGCAAAUACGCUGUGAUCUGAACCCCCAUUUUACUGAAGCAAAUCAUCCCCAUAUAACCCUCCACUACAGUUCAGUUUAAAAAGUUGGCUCAAGGUGGUUACGUGUGUAAUGAUGUGGUGUCGUUUGUUUUACAUGAGCUUUGUGAACACACGUUAUGCCCCAGGUACUGCCCCAGGUACUGCCCCAGGUACUGCCCCAGGUACUGCCCCAGGUACUGUCCCCAUCUCCCUGUUUUUCUCUGUCUGUUUCUGUCUUAUGGGUGUUGUGUAGUCAAACUUCCUUCUGAGCAGUGCAUCAGACUGCUGCCACCUAUGUGUGUGUGCGUGUGCGCGCACGUAUGUACGUGAGUGUGUUUGUGUGUUAGUUCAUAGUAUCCUCACUGACAUUGCGACCUGCCAUUUUCAAAAUAAAUUAUCCAGAAUGUUCUCUUUUCUUGUCCUUCAUGUACGCUCUUUUAUCUUCCAUUACUACAGGUCAUAACACUAGGUACGUCGCCCCUCCUUCCCUCCCAUUACUACACCUACAGGUCAUAACACUAGGUACGUCGCCCCUCCUUCCCUCCCGUUACUACACCUACAGGUCAUAACACUAGGUACGUCGCCCCUCCUUCCCUCCCAUUACUACACCUACAGGUCAUAACACUAGGUACGUCGCCCCUCCUUCCCUCCCAUUACUACACCUACAGGUCAUAACACUAGGUACGUCGCCCCUCCUUCCCUCCCAUUACUACACCUACAGGUCUUAACACUAGGUACGUCGCCCCUCCUUCCCUCCCAUUACUACACCUACAGGUCAUAACACUAGGUACGUCGCCCCUCCUUCCCUCCCAUUACUACACCUACAGGUCAUAACACUAGGUACGUCGCCCCUCCUUCCCUCCCAUUACUACACCUACAGGUCAUAACACUAUGUACGUCGCCCCUCCUUCCCUCCCGUUACUACACCUACAGGUCUUAACACUAGGUACGUCGCCCCUCCUUCCCUCCCAUUACUACACCUACAGGUCAUAACACUAGGUACGUCGCCCCUCCUUCCCUCCCAUUACUACACCUACAGGUCUUAACACUAGGUACGUCGCCCCUCCUUCCCUCCCAUUACUACACCUACAGGUCAUAACACUAGGUACGUCGCCCCUCCUUCCCUCCCGUUACUACACCUACAGGUCAUAACACUAGGUACGUCGCCCCUCCUUCCCUCCCAUUACUACACCUACAGGUCAUAACACUAGGUACGUCGCCCCUCCUUCCCUCCCAUUACUACACCUACAGGUCAUAACACUAGGUACGUCACCCCUCCUUCCCUCCCAUUACUACACCUACAGGUCAUAACACUAGGUACGUCGCCCCUCCUUCCCUCCCAUUACUACACCUACAGGUCAUAACACUAGGUACGUCGCCCCUCCUUCCCUCCCAUUACUACACCUACAGGUCAUAACACUAGGUACGUCGCCCCUCCUUCCCUCCCAUUACUACACCUACAGGUCAUAACACUAGGUACGUCGCCCCUCCUUCCCUCCCAUUACUACACCUACAGGUCAUAACACUAGGUACGUCGCCCCUCCUUCCCUCCCAUUACUACACCUACAGGUCAUAACACUAGGUACGUCGCCCCUCCUUCCCUCCCGUUACUACACCUACAGGUCAUAACACUAGGUACGUCGCCCCUCCUUCCCUCCCAUUACUACACCUACAGG